GGGUCUUAGUCUGUAUCAUAAUGAAAUAUAUAUAUAUAUAUAUGAUCGCAACUAAUGAUUACAAAUAAGCUUAAUUUCUAUUAUGCAUUCAUGAGAACAUAAAACUAUCCAAACUCCAAAGUAAGAACUUUGGCAUCAUUGUCAAUGCAACUAACUUCCUAACUUCAUAAAACCCUACAUUAUUUCCACAUUGUAUUAAGGUUAAUUAGCUAAUUAAGCAUAUCAUUGCUAAUUUGGGGUGUGUUCAACCUCCUAGGUGGCCCAUAAACCCAAAACUGCUAAAUUUAUUAUCCUAGCAACCAAAAAAGGCACAUGGGCCCCAAUCGCAUACCCAAUCAAGUAUCCUCAAAUUCACCAAUUUCUAUACCCUCUUUAUAAAUACCACUUUACAUACUCUUCCUUGCUUGCAUAGUUCAAAACUCACACAAAACUAAAGAAAUGGCAUUUCAUCUCUUCUUUCUCUUCCUCUUAACCUCUCUAUUUUCCCCCAUUUUCAUCCAUUCCUCCCAUGUUCAAGAUCCUGAACUAGUAGCACGUGAAGUACAAGAGAAAAUUAUUAAUCCAACUACAAGGAGGAAUUUGGGAUACCUAUCAUGUGGGACCGGAAACCCGAUCGACGAUUGUUGGCGGUGCGACCACAAGUGGUUUAAGAACCGCCAACGGCUAGCGGAUUGUGCCAUAGGGUUCGGUAAAGGUGCGCUCGGGGGUAAAAACGGAAAGAUGUACGUGGUCACGGACAAAGGCGACGAUCCAGUGAAUCCUAAACCCGGAACCCUAAGGUGGGGUGUCAUCCAAGAUGAGCCAUUAUGGAUCAUAUUUGCUCAUGACAUGGUGAUCAAGCUUAAGGAAGAAUUAAUGAUGAACUCAUUUAAGACAAUUGACGGUAGAGGGGCCAAUGUACAUAUUGCUGGUGGUCCAUGCAUAACUAUACAAUAUGUUACAAACAUUAUAAUACAUGGUUUAAAUAUACAUGAUUGUAAGCGUGGAGGGAAUGCUAUGGUGCGGGACUCCCCAUCACACUACGGGUGGAGGACGAUAUCGGACGGUGAUGGUGUGUCCAUCUUUGGUGGGAGUCAUAUUUGGGUUGAUCAUUGUUCACUCUCUAGUUGUACUGAUGGUUUAAUUGAUGCUAUUCAUGGUUCAACUGCCAUAACAAUCUCUAACAAUUAUAUGACCCACCAUAACAAGGUUAUGUUGUUGGGACAUAGUGAUUCUUUAACUAGAGAUAAGAAUAUGCAAGUUACUAUUGCUUUCAACCAUUUUGGUGAAGGGUUGGUCCAACGGAUGCCGAGGUGUAGACAUGGGUAUUUUCAUGUGGUGAAUAAUGACUAUACACAUUGGGAAAUGUAUGCAAUUGGAGGAAGUGCAGCACCUACAAUAAACAGCCAAGGCAAUAGAUUCCUUGCUCCUAAUGACCCAAAUAACAAGGAGGUAACAAAACGAGAAGAGUGGCCACAAAGUGUAUGGAAGAAAUGGAAUUGGAGAUCACAAGGAGACCUAAUGUUGAAUGGAGCCUUCUUCACUUCUUCAGGGGCAGGGUCUUCCGCAAGCUAUGCUAGGGCUUCCAGCUUAAGCGCAAGACCUUCUUCGUUCGUAGGAUCGAUCACCAUGUCAGCUGGUGUACUGAACUGCAAGAAAGGCACUCGCUGCUAGAGCAAUAUAACCAUUGUACUUGGCUCCCCAAAUUGUAUUUAUCUAAAAGGGGAAGGGUGAAAUACUAACACAACUUCAGCCUGCUUCUGAAGAAAUCUUAAGAAGCAAGAGCAGAUGUGUUGUUAAAGGUCAUUUAUAAUUUAUAAGAGUGAUUUCACUUUCCAAAAGACUGCUUUUGUAAUUGCUAACCUUGCAAUUUGUCUCCAAAUUUGAUCCGCAGUUCACGAUUCAUUUAGCAUUAGAUGAUGAGAUGUAUACAACUUUAUCCCUAGAUCAAGCGAAUCAACAAAGAAUAAUAAACACUCACAAAACAAUGUCUCAAUCAACUAUCUAUGAACUAUCAUAAUGAUCCCAUUCUUAAACAAAUGAAUAGGUAACUAUAGAAAAUAGUUCUCCCCCCAUCCCCAUAUAAGCAUUUGAUGAUGCAUAUAAGGUUAGAAAUUAUAAGAUAUUGCAAUGGCAUUCAAAACUGACACCAUAUCACAUUGAAAUUAACUAGUUAAACAAGUGGUCCAAUGGUAUGGAAUAGAGAAUUAUGACAAUAGUUUCGGCGAGCCUAAUAAAUAAAUGGGAGCCUCAUUCAUCCACAUACUUCGUAUAAAUUAAAAAAAAAAAAAAAAAAAAAAAAAAAAAAAAAAAAAAAAUCGAUAUACCAAAAUUUCAAAGGUAACUUAAACAGGACAAGUCAAAGAAUUAUAGAUCUAUCUAUAAAACAUGAAUUCAUGACAUUCAAACUUGUGGGAUGCAAUAAUGGGGUCAGAUCUCACAUGGAAUGCAGCAUAUACAGUAAUGCCAUCAUAAAUUAUCACAAUACAAAAUUCCAACCACAACUUUAUCCCUUAUAAAAUUCACAUGAACAUUUGAUGCCUUAGAUUUUGUCUGCUCCUAAAUAUUUAGCAAACUUGCUCAUUCUGCCUUUAUUAUGAAAUCAGACUCUGACAGCUUUAUCCUAUCCACAUAAAAUUAUACAGAAAUGUCAGCAAG